GCCAUGGGCAUUAAAGGUUUGCAGGGAUUUGUGGCAAGAGUUUGCCCUGAUGCAUGCAGAAUGGUAGACCUGAAAGAGGUGGCAGAAAAACAUCGCAGUGAUAAUCCUGAUUUCCCACCUGUCAUCGUAGUAGAUGCUAUGAGUUGUAUUAGAUACUGGUACACACCGGAAUCCUGGGUGUGUGGUGGCCAGUGGCGAGAGUACCUGGCGAAUUUAGAGGAUUUUAUUAAAGUUUUUACGGCAGCUGGUAUCCAGUUGGUGUUUUACUUUGACGGAGUGGUGGAAGAGAAAAAGAGACAUGAGUGGAUCAAACGAAGGUUGCAGAAUAACAAGGAAAUAGCCAAAAUAUUUCAGUUUAUCAAGACUCACAGGAAACAGCCAGGGAGAGAAAUGUUCGUUGUUCCUUCAGCCUUGCCUACGUUUACACGUUUUGCCCUGAAGUCACUUGGUCAGAAAACAGUAUGCACAUUGCAAGAGGCAGACUUUGAGGUGGCUGCAUAUGGUUUACAACAUAACUGCGUAGGAAUUCUUGGGCAAGAUAGUGACUACCUCAUUUAUAAUACGUGCCCCUACUUUUCCAUUGAGAACCUCCGUUUGGACAGACUGGUCACUGUCAUGUACUCUCGAGAGGAUCUUUGCCGUGCGUUGGGUCUUAGUUUAACGUACCUCCCUCUCUUUGCUUGCUUGCUUGGCAAUGAUGUUGUUCCAGAAAGCAUGUUGGGAGGCUUUUGGCAUAAAUGUUUAGUCGCUAGUCCCCACAAGGACAAGAGCUACAACAGAAGAACAAAUAUACUUUUGGCUGUAGCACAUUACAUCUCAAAAGUUCCAUGCUCGUACAGCAGCCUGAAACACUUGGAAGAGAUGCUACCCUGGGGAUCAGACAAGACAUUACUUUACAGAGGAGUGGAGUCUUAUCUUUUGCCUGGCCAGCACUCUCCAUGGAUUCCUCCCAAUGUAACAACUUGCCAGAUGCUCUCCCUUCAACAGCAAAGUACCAUGUGUCAAGAUAAGGAAAUCUUUCAG